GUCUAAAAAUCAAGCCUAAUAGCCAGUAUUGUUUUAGCAUUUACGACGCGUGUUGUCAAACAGUUUAACGGUGUCGGCCAUUACAAACACUGCGGCCGCGGACUCCAACCACCGCCUCUAAUAUUCAUAAGUCAAUUUCCUGGCCCAUUAAUACGUAACGAAGUCUCGCAAAUGGCCUUAUCGCUCGCGCCCGAUUACUUGCCGCCGCUCUCUUACAUAAUUCAGCGUAUUAAACGAAAUUGUUUAAACCUUAUUGCUCGAUUACGUCUCCCCACCCCUGGCACGCCUCGGGGCCUGCCGCCAAUCGUAGCUCAGCCCCCUCCUAGCCCACCGAAGUCCCCGCCUCGCGCGACUCCCGUUUCAGUUGGUACCGAACGCUCCCGAUAGACGGACUGGAUUACAGUGUCCAUACGCUUAACAAUAUAAACUUUUUUCUUAAGUGUCAUGUGAUAGUGCUUUAUAAACUAUUUUUUUUCAAACUGACUGAGCACGAGAAUUAUAUCCAGACAGAUGUACAGAGUUUACACAUAGGCCUUGCUAUGACGAUGCUUGCGAUGGCGCGAGGGUCAGAAGAAAGGCGAGAGGAUGAGGCAGAGGCCGAAGCGGGGGCCGAAGUAGAUGUAGUGGGCGUUGAAGAGGCCGCGCCCGUAGAUUUAACGAGGAGGCUAGGCCUCACGAGGCCGCCGGAGAGGUCGGCGAUAGCAUUUUCAGUAGAAAAUAUUCUAGACCCUAAUAAGUUUACUGGAAGGUCGGAGGUGCCGUUGAGAUACGACGAGCAGUAUUGGAGGCCGCAUUAUGAUAGAGAUGACAGUGAUUCAGUCAACCAGCAGCACUCGGACCUGGAGACGGAUGAGGUGGAAACAGACGACCAGACGUCCAACAUGGACGAUGACCUCCUCACGCAGUCGGACCUCGACGAGAACGGGGACCCCAAGAGCCCCAGCUCCAAGAAGGGGAAGUCCGGAUCUUCUAGUAGGGAUAGCAAAGGCGGCACGAAACCGCGGCGCGCGCGCACCGCGUUCACAUACGAGCAGCUGGUGUCUUUAGAGAACAAGUUCAAGACCACACGAUACCUGUCCGUGUGUGAGCGGCUUAAUCUGGCGCUGAGUCUGAGCUUGACAGAAACUCAGGUAAAAAUCUGGUUCCAAAAUCGCCGCACGAAAUGGAAAAAGCAGAACCCAGGCAUGGACGUCAACAGCCCCACCGUACCCCCUCCCCCAGGAGGGGCCUUCCCAUCCGGGGCUUACCCUGGAGGGUUACUAUACUCUCACGGGGUCCCGUACCCGUUCACCGGCCCUGGACCCUACGCACCAUACUUCCACCAUCUAGCCAAUCACCACCAUACCCAUGGGUCCUUAGGGCACUCCCACACGUGAUUAUGGGCGCGCCCAGGGUCCCAGGACCUUAGGGAUAAGGAAGACGAACCUAAUUAACUAGUGUUAUGGAAUUAGUGCAAUUGUGUUUAAGUGAAUGACUCGAUUGUGAUACAUAUUUUUAAGAUAGUUUUAAUUUUCAGUGUUCAAGA